AAUGCAUCUGCCGAUGCCCCCUCCCCCAACGUGUCCACACCUGACGCCAGGCGAGCAGACGCACGGAGGUCUGUCCACUGCCUCGUUUUGCGCUUCUCUUUAAUGGUCGCUUUUCGCUCGCUCUGCUUGAAGGAGCAGAAUGAGGCAUCUGAUCGCUGCUGAUGAGGCGGAGGAGACUCCGGCGGCCGUACAGUGACCGGAGCCGGGCGCACGAUGAGCGUGGCGCUGCAGGACCUGCGGAACGAGAUGUCAAACUACAAACGAGCAACGUUUGAGGAAGACGACGUUGCAGAUUUCCCGACUGAUGGGGCAAUCUCUCCAGACUGCGUGGAGGUGGGGUUCAGGAAAGGGGGGGUCCAGUUCCUGGGUCCACUGGGCCGGAGGACGCAGCUGGAGGUGAUUCUGUUGGGUUCGUUGCUGGUGGCUGCUUUAGCCCUUUUUGGCUGUGUGGUAGCCCUAGGGCUCCAGUACAGCACAGAGCCCAGCCGCACCCUGUGCCUGUCCGAAGCCUGCGUAAUCGUGGCCAGUAAGAUCGCGGAAGCCCUCGACCGGCAGGUCGAUCCUUGCCAGGACUUCUAUCGGUAUGCUUGUGGGGGCUGGAUCCGCAAGAAUCCUCUGCCCGACGGAAGGUCACGCUGGAGUACCUUCAACAGUAUCUGGGACCAGAACCAGGCCGUGCUGAAGCACUUGCUGGAGAACGGCACGUUCAACUCGAGCAGUGAGGCUGAGAGAAAGACUCGUCAAUACUAUCUGUCAUGCCUGAAUGAGCAGCGUAUCCAGGAGCUGGGGGCUCAGCCUCUGAUUGAUCUCAUCAGCAGGAUAGGUGGCUGGAACAUCUCUGGCCCUUGGGACAAAGACAACUUCAUGGAGGUUCUGAAGACUGUGUCUGGCCCAUACAGGGCCCAGCCCUUCUUCAGCGUCGGAGUCAGUGUGGAUCCCAAAAACUCCAACAGUAAUGUGAUCCAGGUGGACCAAUCGGGGCUCUUCCUGCCGUCCCGUGACUAUUACCUGAACAAGACAGCCAAUGAGAAGGUACUGAAAGCAUACCUGGACUACAUGGUGGAGCUGGGCUGCCUGUUGGGUGGUGACCGGAACUCCACCCAGGCCCAGAUGCAGCAGAUCCUGGAAUUGGAGACUGCCAUCGCAAACAUCACUGUCCCUCAGGAUGAGCGUCGUGAUGAAGAGAAGAUCUACCACAAGCUGACAAUCGCUGACCUGCAGACCCUGGCCCCUGCAAUCGAAUGGCUCGACUACCUGUCGGCAGCACUGUCCCCGCUGGAGCUUAAUGAGACUGAGCCUGUAGUCAUCUACGCCAAGGAGUACCUUCAGCAGGUGUCCGACCUCAUCAACAAGACGAGUCACAGCCUGCUCAACAACUACAUGAUAUGGAACCUGGUUCAGAAGGGAGUGUCCAGCCUAGACCAGCGCUUUGAGAACGCCCAGGAUAAGCUGCUUGAGAGUCUCUACGGGACGAAGAAGUCCUGCACGCCCCGCUGGCAGACCUGCAUCGGCAACACCGACGACACUCUGGGCUUCGCCCUUGGGGCACUCUUCGUCAAGGCAACCUUCGAUAAGCACAGCAAGCAGAUUGCUGAAGGGAUGAUCAAUGAGAUCCGUACAGCUUUCAAGGAUGCCCUGGAUGAGCUCUCCUGGAUGGACUCCCACACCCGACAAGCGGCCAAGGACAAGGCAGAUGCAAUCUAUGACAUGAUUGGAUUCCCAGACUUCAUUCUGGAGAACAAGGAGCUAGAUGAUGUUUACGAUGGCUAUGAAGUCUCGGAGGACAAUUUCUUCCAGAACACACUGAAUUUUUACAACUUCUCUGCCAAAGUGAUGUCUGACCAGCUGCGCAAACCCCCCAACAGAGACCAGUGGAGCAUGACGCCUCCUACAGUCAAUGCCUACUACAUGCCCACGAAGAAUGGGAUCGUCUUCCCUGCCGGAAUCCUGCAGGCACCGUUUUAUGCGCGGGAUCAUCCCAAGGCAUUAAACUUUGGGGGAAUUGGGGUAGUAAUGGGCCAUGAACUCACCCAUGCCUUUGAUGACCAGGGAAGGGAGUACGACAAGGAUGGAACCCUUCGUCCCUGGUGGCAGAACAGUUCAGUAGAAGCUUUUAAGAACCGCACGGAGUGUAUGGUGGACCAGUACUCCCAGUAUGCCAUCAACGGGGAGCACAUCAAUGGACGGCAGACACUGGGAGAGAACAUGGCAGACAAUGGUGGGCUGAAGGCUGCCUAUCAUGCCUAUAAAUCGUGGGUACGGUCCAAUGGGGAAGAGAAGAGGCUGCCAGCCCUCGAUAUGACGAAUGACCAACUCUUCUUUGUGGGAUUUGCCCAGGUGUGGUGUUCAGUGCGCACCCCAGAGAGCGCCCACGAGGGACUCAUGACUGACCCCCACAGCCCUCCACGUUUUCGUGUCAUUGGCACGCUUUCCAACUCCCCCGAUUUCGCCGAGCACUUCAACUGCCCUGUCGGCUCCUCCAUGAACCCCGGGCAGCGCUGUGAGGUGUGGUAGAGGACGAGGAAGAGGAGGGCAGCCAAAUCCAGGGCUUCAAGAGUCUGCCUCUGACAAUGGCUUUCUGUGUUUGAACUCCUUUAGGGAGCAGCUCAGGGGGAUGGAGUCACCUCUCCUCCCUCUUCUGCUUCUGUGUCUCCUGAGUGCCCUGUUUACAACCUCUGCUUUCUGCAGCAGAGGAAAACCACUGUGAAAUCACAGGAAGUGACCUCACAGGAAGUGCUUGUCUGGACUGCCCACCACUUUUUUUUUGUUUUGUUAGAAUCUCUCAUUUUCACUGCUUUUUGCCAAAGAAAAGUUCAUUUCUGGUGUUUUUAGUAUUUAUAAGAGAUGCUUUUCACAGAGUUAUGCCAGUCAACCAGCCCAUAAGACGGUGUGCAAUUGUCUAGAUGAGGAGUGGGUGAUGAGUAGAGAGCUGCCUUCCUAAGGAGGCUGAACGUUUUCUAGCUGAGACUUGCCAGUUCAGUCCUGCUGGAUUUGCUUUGGGAAAACUACCUGUUAAUAUCACUCCAUUUUGCUGGCUGUAUUUCACUCAAGUUAUAUUUUAGUCAUUUCCCAUGUUGCAAGUACCUUCCGAAUGUAACGUGAUCCAUGAGAGUUAAAAUUUGCAUUUGCAAAUGCGUUGGAGGUUUCUCAGCACGAAAGAGUAGUGCACUCGCAUUAUGCCUUGAUCGUCUUGUGCCUCUAAGGAGCCUGGUGACUGCAGGCAUCUGUCUGACGCGCGUGUCCAGGAUGAAACUCCGGCAUCAGAUUACGUAGAUCUUGGAGUUGGGCUCGGACGGUGACGUAUUAAAUGGCCAGCUUGAAACGUUCUUUCUUGGGCGCCGGUUUCGCUUCGUCGACGCAUCCAGCUCACAUUCUCUCUUCCCGUUCUUGCUGUCCUGCUGCCCACAGAGCAAGUAACCAGCCAAUGACAAGUGCUUAUUUCCCAGGCCAAGCGUGUGUGGGUGUGUGUGUGAGGGGGGUCCUCUGUAAGCACCAUUCCUCCUCUUACUCAGCGUGCAUCACUCCUCUUGAUCUGCUUCUGCCUUCCUUUGAAUUGUGUGUUUAUUUUCUCUCUCUCCUGCUCUUCAGUGUGUUUUUGUAUCCUUUUGGAUUCUGCCUGUAUGGUAAUAACUGGCUCUGGGAGGCAUUUCAAUGUAGAUUAUACCCAGAAAUAAAGUGUGUAUAUCCA